UAUGGAUAGAUAAAAAGAAUUAAACUUCAAGGCUCUUUCCCUAAUUAAAUAAGAGAAAUACAAAGAGGCUUAUGAUGAUUAUUUAGAUAUUUUGCUUUUGAAAGAUUGAAUAUCAUUAUGU